UACAUUAUAUACAUAUGCCAGUGUGUCUACUGCCUCAAAUCAUAGCACCACACGCCGGUGUUAAACAUUCUAAAACUCAGACCAGAAAAGAAGUGGAAUCUUAUCUUUUACCUUAUCUUUCACCUAACGAGAUCGCCUUGUCACUGACGGUACCCUAGUACAGAUUGCACAAGAGUUGGACACAAUGCAUUAGACUAUAACUUCCACUGACUGUAAGCUGUAAAGGUGACAAGAUGACUGGCUUCUGUGGGGAAACUGUGCUAUUGGACGUGGAUCUGUUGUUGAACAACACGUGGCCAGAGUUCUCACCAUGCUUCCAUCACACAGUGCUGGUGUGGGUGCCGUGUGGCUGGCUGUGGCUGACUCUCCCGGCCUUCCUCAGGCACAUCCUGUCACUCCAACAACACCUGCAGCUUACAAAACUUACAAUAGCAAAACUAGUACUUAUUGCUGGGAUGCUGACAUGCGUCAUCGGUGACGUCAUCAGAGUGAUGACGGGAGAAACAGGACUUCACAACAUCUCUACCUCCUUCUACACAGCUGAUGUGUUAAAGCUAGCAACAUAUAUUCUCAGCAUCACAUUGACAGUGUUGUCAAGACGUCGAGGUCUCUCAAGUUCAUGUCCUCUCUACAUCUUCUGGCUGCUGCAUAUCUUGUGUGACGUCAUCCCAUUCUACACACUCAUUAUACAAUGGCAGGAGAGCAGUACAGUGGAGAUGUGCCUCUUCUACCUCCACUACGGCUUCCUGCUCCUCCAGAUUAUCCUAUGUUCCUUCGCUGACAACACCGACCACAUAGGCGACGACACUGUUUGUAAACGGAUUCCUUGUCCUGCUCUAAAGGUGUCCUUCUUAAACCGACUCACCUUCUCCUGGACCUUCAGUACACUGUGGAAAGGUUGGAAAAGACCUCUACAAAAUGAUGAUGUAUACGACCUACCUCCAUUUCUGAAAAGUGAAGCCACAGUACCUCCUUUCCUGGAGAGCUGGCAGCGGGAGCGACAGAGAGCUGCAAGAUUGAACAAUGAAUUGUCAAGAUAUCUUCCUCGGGAAAGGCAGAAUCUGCUUGAGUUUUCCGAAGACAUUGACCAAUCACAAGGGAGAAAGAAAACUCUACCUGAUGUGAUAAUCAAAGAGGGCGCACAAGCAGGAAAACCACAGACAUGCGCCCACAAGCCAUCGCUACUACGCACAUUGUUCCGGACGUCUGGGUUUAAAUUGAUGAAGUCACAUUUGUUCAGGAUCGUGUCUGAGCUGGUCCUGGUUCUUAACCCUUACUUGUUGAAGCGAUUAAUGUACUACAUCGAAAACAAGGAGUCGGAACCUGAGUGGCAAGGAUAUGGUAUCGUCAUUGGAUUUGUAUUUGUCAGUGUGAUGCUGUCAAUGCUGCAGACAAGGAGCUUUUUCACUGCCGAGAACGUUGCGCUGGGUGUGAGGACUGCCCUUAUGUCAGCAGUCUACAAGAAGGCCCUGACUAUGAAUAACGAGUCUCGGAAGAAGUACACAACUGGGGAGAUCGUGAACUUGAUGUCUGUGGACGUUCAGAGGGUGGAGUCGGCCGUCAUGCAGAUGUGGAUUGUGUGGUCAGCUCCAAUCAUCUUCAUCAUCUGCUUCUACCAGCUGUACCAGGUGCUGGGGCUCGCCUUCCUCGCUGGGGUGGUCAUCAUGGUGGUGUUGUUCCCCUUCCAGUACAAACUCUCCAUGUACCACCGAGACCUGUUCAACCACCAGCUCAAACACAAGGAUGCCAGGUUGAAGAACAUGGGCGAGCUCCUGAAUGGAAUCAAGGUGCUGAAACUCUAUGCAUGGGAGGGGUCAUUUAGGGACAAGAUCAUGGCCAUCAGGGAGAAGGAGAUGAAAGUCGUGAUGAAAAUAGCUCUGUUUGAGGUCCUGCUUGUCUUCCUGUGGAUAGGCUUCCCAACACUGAUAACGAUUGCCUGCUUUGUAACAUACAUCAUGACAUCUCCUACCGCGUUCAUGAGCUCCCAAACGGCCUUCGUCUCAAUCGCUCUCUUCAACUACCUGAGGGGGGCUAUGAACAUGCUGCCCAUGUGCAUCUCGACUCUGGCACAGGCAAGUCUGUCAACAAAGCGCCUGAACAAAUAUCUUGCUGAAGAGGACCUUGAUCCCAGCACCGUGUCAGCCAACACUGCAGAAGGAGUUGCAAUCAGUAUUGAUAAAGCCACCUUCACGUGGAGCACUGGAUCAGAGUCAACCUUGAAAAAUAUCAACCUGUCUGUGCCUACUGGUCAGCUAGUGGCGAUAGUGGGGUCAGUCGGUGCAGGCAAAUCGUCGCUACUGUCAGCCAUGUUGGGAGAGAUGCGGAAACUAAAGGGCCACGUGGCCAUGCAAAGAAGUGUGGCAUAUGUGCCACAAGAGGCCUGGAUACAGAACUUGUCUCUCAAAGCUAACAUUGUCUUCGGCUCUGAAACGGACAAUAAGAGGUAUCUGGAUGUUAUCAAAGCGUGUGCCCUGGAAUCUGAUCUGGAGACACUUCCUGGUGGAGCCAACACAGAGAUAGGAGAAAAGGGCAUCAACCUGAGUGGAGGACAGAAGCAGAGAGUGUCUCUAGCCCGAGCUGUGUACAGUGACAAGGACAUAUAUUUGAUGGAUGACCCUCUCAGUGCUGUCGACUCCCAUGUUGGCAAACACAUCUUCAGUCAUGUUAUAGGACACCAGGGAAUGCUGAAGGACAAGACCCGAGUACUUGUGACUCAUGGCGUUCACUGGCUACCUAUGGUUGACGUUAUUGUGGUAGUGGACCAAGGGGAGAUAACUGAAGUCGGAUCGUAUGAAGAGCUUCUUGAUCAUGACGGACCAUUUGCACAGUUCCUUAAGACAUAUUUGCUACAAGGGAAGGGCGGAAACCUUGAGGAGGAAGAGGUGCAAGAAAUCCGUAGCACCCUAUCAAAGAACUCCGUUUCCUCACACAGUUUGUCGCCGUCAAAGAUUUCGGAUUAUCUUCAUAGUCCACAGUUACCUCGGCAGUUGUCAGAAGAAUCCGAAACAAAUAUCAGACAAAGACAUCAUAAUGAGAAUCUUUUUGGAUCUGUGGGUUCCCUUGCAAGUUGUAACAUGGACGGCGACCUUAACCGUGAAGUGUUUGUAGCUGACGGAGCAACAGUUGGAGAAGAAUACAAACUUAUUGAGGAUGAAUACACAGAAACGGGAAACGUGAGGUAUUCAAUACUGAAAUCCUACUUCUCUGUGAUUGGCUGGGUGUCUGCUGCUGGGAUUAUGGUUCUCUAUAUCAUCUACAACUUUGCCUGGGCUAUGUCCAACAUAUGGCUCAGCCACUGGACAGAGGACCCAAGUCUUAAGACUAUUGCCCAUCUUCAGGCUAGGAACUAUACCAGUCGGUUGAACUCAACUGGGAACGAGUUUAACAUCACUGGGGACAGUUCGGUCAGCAGAGACAAACUGCAGUCGUUGUCCUACUACUAUUUGGGCGUAUAUUGUGCUAUCGCAUUAACUCAAGCUGUGAGUGUGAUGCUGAACUCCCUACUUGUAUACGUAAGGAUGGUUGAAGCUGCCAAGGUAACACAUAAGAAUCUCCUGGACAACAUCAUCAAACAGCCAAUGAGCUUCUUUGACACAACACCAACUGGACGAAUCUUGAAUCGUUUUACAAAAGACGUUGACGUCGUUGACGGUCAUCUUCCCCGGGUGUUGCGGUUGUGGCUAGAAUUUAUUUUCUAUCUGAUCAGCAUCCUUGUGGUGAUUUCCUACAGCACACCAAUGUUCCUGGGUGUUGCAGUCCCUGUCAUAAUAUGCUUCAUCUUUAUACAGAGGAUGUACACGCCCACAUCUCGGCAACUGCGACGAUACUUCUCUGCAUCCAAGUCACCUGUCUUCUCCCACUUCACCGAAACCAUUCACGGAGCCUCGUCUGUUCGUGCCUUCAUGGCCCAGGACCGCUUUUUCAACAGCUCCUUACAGAGAGUGAACGAACACAACGUCUUCUACUACGGGGCUGUCACGACACAUAGAUGGAUGAAGAUGCGUCUUGACGCAUUGGGGUGUCUGGUGAUGUUCGGCGCGACACUCCUGGGCGUGGUCAGCCCUCAUAUCUCUCCAGGGGACGUCGGACUCUCUAUUACUUAUGCCUUAAUGGUGACAGGCUGUCUCGUGAUGAUGGUGAUAAUGACGACGGAGCUGGAGACACAUGUGGUGUCCGUGGAGAGGAUGGCGCAGUACACGUCACUACCGACAGAGGCUGCCUGGGUUAUUCAACAAAACAGACCAUCGCCUGAGUGGCCGGAGAGUGGACACAUCAAGUUUGACAAUCUGAAGAUCCGCUACCGCCCAGAGCUGGAUCUGGUCCUGAAGGGAAUCAGCUGUGACAUCAAGCCUGGGGAGAAGAUUGGCGUGGUGGGGAGAACUGGCGCAGGGAAGUCGUCCUUGACCUUGGCGUUGUUUCGGAUCCUGGAGGCAGAUGAAGGCCGUAUCCUGGUGGAUGGCCACGACAUUGCUGACAUUGGACUGCACGAUCUGAGGUCAAGACUUACGAUUCUGCCUCAGGAACCAAUGCUGUUUUCUGGUACGCUGCGUCUGAACCUGGAUCCAUUCGAGAAGCACAGUGACGAGGAUCUGUGGCUGGCCCUGGAGAGAGCUCACCUCAAGGACUUUGUGUCCGGGCUUAGUGAGGGUCUGCUCCAUGAGUGUGAGGAGGGCGGACACAACCUCAGUGUAGGACAGCGACAGUUGGUCUGUCUAGCUCGGAGUCUGCUGAGGAGGACUAAAGUGUUGAUCCUGGACGAAGCCACAGCAGCUGUAGACAUGGAGACGGAUGAACUCAUCCAGAACACCAUCAGGACCGCCUUCAGUGACUUUACAGUCAUCACUAUAGCUCACAGGCUGAACACUAUCCUAGACUAUGACAGGAUCAUGGUGCUGUCAGCGGGUGAGAUCGAGGAGUUCGCAAGUCCCAAGUCACUGCUGGAAGACACAAAUUCCAUGUUCUACUCACUCGCCAAGGAUGCAAAUAUUGUCUCAUAAACCCCACUGACGCAGUGAGCACCAUGAAGAAGUUUGGCAGCGAUGUUUCUUCACGACGUGAGCAGCUGAAGAGGAGGGAGGGCGUCUCUCCUGAUGCUGUUUUCACUGAAUAGGAAGAUCAGCUGUCAGAGGCUCUUCUAGUGGCAUUAUAAACAUUUGAGCAAACACUGUGAUAUUACAUACUCAAACAGAUUGGUAAAACGGUGUAAUAUUGUCUCUCCUACUCAUGUAUUAUUCAUCAAUUAAUUGUCUUACUUGCAAAAAAUUUUUUAUCGGCAGUUUGUUUAAUAGUAUUUGGGUGUGUUCAAACCCAAGAACAUAUUUUGGGUCAUUCGAAUGGAGGCGCUAUAUGGCUGAAAUAAUGCCGUUGCGACGUAAAAAUUUAAAUCACUCACUCGUUCGAAAGGUAGCAUCGCGGUAGCACUGGACAAAUGCCACACAAAGUCUACUCUACCCCUCGAAAGAUUUUUACCUACUCCUAAAUGAGCCUAAGUAAAAAGUAACGUUGAAUUUAGACAAUGUACAACAUGUAAUUGAGUAACACAUAUAUAUAACUACACGCUCCCCGUCAUGUUCCGUUUUUAUUAAAAUCUGGAUAUCAGGUUUAUCACUUUUGGUGAAACCCAAGAGCAGAUAAUAAAGGCGAGUCUGGGAUUCGAACCCACGAUCACAGGCAGCACAUAGACGCCUUAGACCAAUAGGCCCUGAACAAUUAAAAUAGUACACUAAUAACAACUAUAUCCACCGUUUACACUGACGAAAUCCGUACAUAGAAUACUGCAUGCUAUUUGGGAGAAUUUAUCUUCUUCGAACGUUUUAUAAACAAAGGAUAGCAUUUAUAUUUUUAACUAAGAGUGCAUAUUAUUGUUUACAGUGAUCAUGGAUAUUUGAGACGUAAAUCAAUUUCUUUCAUCUAAAAUAAAUUUGCAGAAAAAAA